GAUAGCCAUUGGAAGGAUAACAAGAAAACUGCCGCAAAACCUUUUAUUUGCAUAUUUUAGCACGUUGCCUCUAAUGUAUAAAAGACAUUUUUCUGCCUGUGCUACCAACUGCUCAGGUUUGUGAUAAGACUUCCAGUACAUACAGAUCUGUUGCAAGGAUGUAAAAAGGAUAAAUGCUAUGUUUUUUUACUUGAUUUUCUUUUAUACCUAAUUUCAAACUAAUACUCGUUGAUGGGGGGGGGGGGGAUAUAAUGUAUGGCGUUACAAUGAUGUGCACACUUGUACUAUUUAUGGACCUUCUGAUUAAAACUUUAUUGAUUUGGUUUGACCUAUGUGACUUGAAUGUAAUUCUGUGACCAUCAUGUGGCUAAUGAGACUCUGCCCUAUAGGGAGUCUACUUGUCAAACACGCUGUUACCAUCUUUGCACCUGUGCCCUGACCUUCUGUGGACUGACAGUCUGGAAUCCGUGCGAAGGGACUGAAUGGUCCAGAGCGACACUUCAACGGCGUCCUUUUAUUGAAGGUGAUGCAUCAUAGGUGGUAAUUACAGUCACCGCUGACAGCACCGAUGAAUAACGGCCACGACGGCUUCUUCGUCUAUAAAACCUUCCGAUGGCCGAGCUGUGGUAUUUACUGCGGGCGCACACAAGGCGACUUUGCUAGUAGUCGAACAACGUGGCAUUUCUGAUCAGAAGUGCUGGCAAACGCAUCCGAGGGCCGUUUUUGAAGAGACCGCAGACAAUGUGGGCCGCCGCUCUGCUUCUUUGUCUUGGAAAUGUUCUCAUUAGCAGCGAGGCCGACGGUCAGGAUUCCCAGCCAGCCGCUGGUGCACAACUCUCUGGCAUGGACAAGUACAGAUCCAACAUCUCUGCGAGGCCCCUGCCUAUGUGCGCCCGCUCGGCAGAAAUCCCGGAUAGCUUCAAGUAUCUCUUGACAGCAGUUGCCAUAGUGAUUUUUAUGCUGGGACUUGUGGGAAAUUCCAUACUCCUGAAGAUCAUUCAUAGCAACAAAUGCAUGAGGAGCGGGGCUGACGUCCUGAUUGCAAGUCUGGCUUUAGGAGACCUCCUCCACAUUGUGGUAGACGUCCCAGUCAACACCUACAGGCUCAUGGCGAAAGAUUGGCCCUUUGGUUCUGUGCUGUGCAAGCUCGUACCCUUCAUGCAGAAAACUUCAGUUGGCGUUAUCGUGUUGAGUCUGUGUUCUCUUAGCGUUGACAGGUGCCUUGCCAUCGUAUCUCGGCAACGCCUCAAAGGAACCCGAAUGUGCGUUUGGACGUCUCUCAUAUGGCUCGUCUCCAUUACGCUGGCCAUACCUGAACUUGUUGGCUUCAGCGUGAUAAAUGCCGACUACAAAGAGCGACAUCUGAGGAUUUGUCUGCUCCAUCCGGUGCAGACCACAGCAUUUAUGCAGUUGUAUAAAGUUGUUAAGCACUGGUGGCUCUUCAGCUUCUACUUCUGCAUGCCCCUGGCUUGGACUGUCAUCUUCUAUGUGCUCACCACCUGGACUGUGCUGAAGAACAAAGACAAAACAAAGCAAGGAGAAUCAAAGAGUCUGUUCUACUUGGGGCUUGUGUUUGCUGUCUGUUGGUGUCCACUCCACCUCAGCAAAAUCUUGAUGGCAACCGUAUACGAUGUAAACGAUCCAAACAGGUGCCGGCUCCUAAGUAUCUUUCUUGUGCUGGAUCACGUUGGCAUCAACCUGGCGUCCCUCAACUCAUGCAUCAACCCCGUGGCCUUGUACUUUGGAAGCGAAAGAUUUAAAACUUGUUUCAAGGUGUGCCUUUGCGGUCGGCAUUCACCUCUGGACAAAGUUCCUUGUGAUGACCGGCGCAAUAAACUGUCAGAUCAAACCUGUAAGCAGAGAGGCUGCUUGCCUGGCUGAGAGGACACCUACCUGGGGCAACAACUCAGAUAAGACACUCCAAGUAAACACUGUAUUUACUCUCAUGCUCCUUUAAGAAUAAAGUAAUAAUUAAAUAAUAUUUUACAGUGUGGUUGCAACGCUAUCGGUCACUGCCUGGGGCAUCUUGAUACCAUCAGGGACCAUUAAAGUUUGUUAAGGUCCAAGUUGGACAAUAAAGUCAAUAUUUAUUAUGAGAAUACAAGUGAACUUUGUAAAAAGAUUUGUAAAUGUUUGCAACUGGUAAAUAAAAAAUGUGAAAAAUAUCUUCAAUUUAGAAAAAAAGGAAACAUUUGAAAGAAUGGUUGUAAUAAUGGUAUUGGUCAUAAUGUAAGAAAAAUAAAUGUUCAUAUGACAAGAAUCAAAUUGUUAUGAAGAAAGAAUGGUCCGAAUUUUUAAAAUUUACUGUAUAUAAUUUUGUUUUUGUGAUUAAAAACAUAAGA